AUGGGCACCUCAUUGUCAAGAAGUUUCUCGCGCUUCUGGAAUCGCAACGAACGUCGAUUGCUGCUCGUGGGGCUUGAUGGCGCUGGCAAGACGACGAUCUUGUAUCAUUUGCGUCUGGGCAAGGCUAUUGCCAGCAUUCCAACAGUAGGCUUCAACGUCGAGACCAUCAAAUAUGAAGGAUACAAACUCAACAUUUGGGAUGUUGGAGGACAGGACACGUUGCGACCAUAUUGGAGGCAUCACUUUACUGGGACGCAGGGAAUCAUCUUCGUGCUUGAUAGUGCGGAUGACCAGCGUUUAGAGCUUGCAAAGGCCGAACUCACCGGAAUGUUGGUCGACACUCAACUCCAAGAUGCGUGCCUGCUAAUUAUCCUUAACAAACGGGAUCUACCAGACGCUAAAGAUGUUCAAGAGCUCACAGAAGCGUUGGAAUUCCAAGAAAACUGCGAAAAAGUCAAUCGGCGUGUCAAGGUGCAGCCAACAGUGGCCACUACAGGUGAGGGACUAAACGAUGGGAUUUCGUGGCUUUGCGAGAACAUGACUGCGCUUUAA